AUGAAGGAACGAGUGGGCGGCGCGGGGCCGGCGCCGGCGGCCCGUGAGGUGAACACGGCGUCCCUGUGCCGCAUCGGGCAGGAGACCGUGCAGGACAUCGUCUUCCGCACCAUGGAGAUCUUCCAGCUCCUCAGGAACAUGCAGCUACCAAAUGGCGUUACCUACCACACUGGGACAUAUCAAGACCGACUAGGAAAACUGCAAGAUCAUCUCCGUCAACUCUCCAUCCUCUUCAGGAAACUAAGAUUAGUCUAUGACAAAUGCAACGAAAAUUGUGCGGGAUUGGAUCCUGUUCCGAUCGAGCAACUUGUUCCGUACGUAGAAGAUGAUGGAUCCAAGAAUGACGAUCGCGGGAGCACCGGCCAGCUCCGAUUUGCUAGUGAAGAGCGGAGGGAGAUUGCGGAAGUAAAUAAGAAACUCAAGCAGAAGAAUCAACAGCUGAAGCAAAUUAUGGAUCAAUUAAGGACUCUCAUCUGGGACAUAAAUGCCAUGUUGGCGAUGAGGAACUAAACGGAUUUUUAAAAGUCAGUGCUUUCCCAAGUGGCAUAACGUUUAUCAUUGUCUCCGGAGUGCCGAGUUUUGGUUCUUUUUUCUAAGAAGUAAUUUGUUUUGCCUUCAUCCCAAUGAAAUAAAAAAUUGAUGUAACUUAACUAUCUAAACAUCUUGUAUCUUUAUUAAGUAUUCAUGUAACAUUAGAAAACGGUGUAACCGCUAAACAUGUGACAUACUAUCUUUUGAUGGAAGCAGUUGUAUUUUGAUUAGUGUGUCAGGAUUUCCCUAAACAAAGUAAAAAGCAAAUGGACGGCUGUUUUUUUUAAAGAAAAAGUUCAAUAAAUUAUUUUGCUUACGGAA